GAAAAUAGGGGCGGAGUCUCAGAGAAAGGGGAUGAAUGAAGUCAAAGUGGGCAAAGGGGGAGGCGGUCAGAACGUGUAGUAGCAGCCUGCGGCCGGUGGCUGAAGAGAGGUACGCGACUGAUGCUGAUGAAGUACAUUCAGAAGCACACGGAUCAGAUACUUAAAGUUUAACCAGUCCUAUUAUCAUCACUUUUUUUUUCCUUUAAAUUCUGGAAAUCAAAUCAUUUGCAGACUGUUGUAAACACUGAAAGCUAGAUUCUCCUGUUGAUGGAAAUGCCACAAAAUCCAAGAGGAGAAAACACCUUCAUUUCAGCCCAACCGUUUGUCUUUUCCAGCGUACCCACUCCAGUUGAGAAUGGAUUUGACAUCGACUCUCCCGCCACAAAAGAGCUAUGCACACCCUUGAGCAAUGGCACCAUACUUUCAAAUGCUAACAGUCCUUUAGACUCCUGCAUGCAGCCCCUCUGCAAUGCCGCAUCUGGCAAAUCCAGCCCUUGUAGUGAAGGAGUCAAAUAUGUGUCUUCACAGGAAGAAAACAUUGCCUGUGGCUGGGGGGCUUUCACUCCUGAUUGUUUACAGUUUUUCAAUACACCCAAAGGAAUACUCUUUUUCCUCUGCAUAGCCUCCUUUCUGCAGGGGAUGACAGUGAAUGGCUUCAUCAACACCGUCAUCACCUCCAUAGAACGUCGUUAUGAUCUCCACAGUUACCAGAGUGGGCUUAUUGCAAGUUCAUAUGACAUAGCAGCUUGUGUCUGUCUGACCUUUGUCAGCUACUUUGGAGGCACUGGACACAAACCUAGGUGGCUUGGAUGGGGGGUGUUGAUAAUGGGGCUUGGCUCCUUUGUUUUUGCUUUGCCUCAGUUUACCACUAGCCAUUAUGAAGUGAACUUCUCAGAAGAGUCUGGAACUUGUGGCUCAAAUAAAAAUGUAUCCUGUACAGAAAGUACCUCAAGUCUCUCCAACUACAGAUUUGUCUUCAUGCUUGGGCAAUUCCUUCAUGGGAUUGGUGCAACACCACUAUACACUCUGGGAGUGACCUAUCUCGAUGAAAAUGUCAAGUCAAACUACUCUCCAGUUUACAUUGCGAUUUUCUAUACAGCUGCAAUUCUUGGCCCUGCAGCAGGUUACCUGAUUGGAGGAGCACUGCUGAACAUUUACACUGAAAUUGGCCAACCGACUGAACUGACUACAGAAAACCCUUUGUGGGUUGGGGCCUGGUGGAUUGGGUUCUUGGGGGCUGGGGCAUCUGCCUUCCUCAUUUCCAUCCCCAUCCUUGGCUACCCUCGUCAAUUGCCAGGAUCUCAGCGCUACGUGGUAAUGAGGGUGUCUGAAACUCAUCAGUUAAAGGAUGGGAGCCAUAAGACAGCAUCUGAUCCAGAUUUUGGGAAAACAGUCAAAGAUCUGCCUCUCUCAAUCUGGCUGCUGCUGCGGAACCCUACAUUCAUCCUGCUCUGCUUAGCUGGGGCAACGGAGGCCACCCUCAUUGCUGGCAUGUCGACUUUUGGACCCAAGUUCCUCGAAUCACAGUUCAGUUUAAGUGCUUCUGAAGCUGCUACCUUAUUCGGUUACCUGGUGGUGCCAGCAGGGGGAGGAGGUACAUUCCUGGGUGGAUUCUUCGUGAACAAAUUUAAACUCCGAUGCUCAGGGAUUAUCAAGUUCUGCCUUUUUUGCACAGUGAUAAGCCUGUUAGCCAUCUGCAUAUUUUUCAUGCACUGUCCGAACAUGCCUGUUGCUGGCGUGACACAUAAGUAUAAUGGGAGCAUCUUGCCAGAAGGCAGUCUACAGCUGUUGGCUUCCUGUAAUGAGAAGUGUGGGUGUCUGAGGGAGAUCUACAGUCCGGUGUGUGGUAUAGACAAUGUAACGUACUACUCUCCCUGUCAUGCUGGGUGCUUCAAAGUGUCUACACUUGCAGAAGGAGGCAAGAAGGUUUACCGUGACUGUAGCUGUAUUCUUCCUCAGCAUUUCCCCUCUAAUUUGGGUCACGCUACAGCAGGGAAAUGCACUUCAUCUUGUCAGAGAAAGGCCCUUCUUCUGGUUUUCGUAUUCGCUGUAAUUUUAUUUACAUUCCUAAGCAGCAUCCCUGCUUUAACUGCAACUUUACGGUGUGUCUCUGACCGGCAGAGAUCCUUUGCACUAGGAAUUCAAUGGAUUGUAGUACGCACUCUAGGUGGAAUUCCAGGCCCAAUUGCCUUUGGCUGGGUGAUUGAUAAAGCUUGUUUACUCUGGCAGAACCAAUGUGGAGAGCAGGGAUCCUGCUACAUUUAUCAGAACUCUGCCAUGAGCCACUACACUCUUAUUGCUGGAAUUGUUUACAAGGUGCUUGGGAUUAUUUUCUUUGGCUCAGCCUUUUUGCUGUAUAAGCCACCAAGAGAUUCCCCAGACUCCCCAGCAGUAACUCCACCCAGCAGUUCAAGUGCUUCUGAAAACACCACUGACCUCCAAGAGCAUGGCUCUGUCCUAAAAACCCAGAACGGUGUUUAAAUGUCACACUGUCUCUCUCCAUAACAGCCCCAUAUCUCUCUGUAUUGCUGAAAUCCCCAUUUGAUUUCAUAAUUUACAUCUGGACCCAAUAGUUUGAGUAUUUCUCAGAAGGGCCAACCCAGCACUUACUUGUUCUUAAUGGAAUUGAUAAACCAUGCUGAUGUUCUCCGAUCCAUUUUUACCCUUUAAAAAAGCACAUAUUGGACUCUCAUGUUUGAGAGUAACUGAAGCACUUCAUAAUAUGGAAACAACCUUAUGGGUUAAGUUUUGAUUUUCUCAGUGAAGAAAAGCACGUACAGGCAUGAAAGGAGAUGGUAGAGAAGCAUGGAGCUUGUCCUGGACAUAGGAGAAAAGCAUGAAGGUCCUCUGUCUCUUCAUAAGAAUAGGUGAUAGCAGGAAAAAAGAGAUCAAACAGAGGAGAGAAGAAGGAAAGAACCUGGACUUCACAGGAAGGCAGGAGGGGCCUGUCUGAAUCUACCACCACCAUCACCAUGAGUGACUUCAUAGUCACUAUUCAGCAGAUGUCAUAAAUGGAUUCCUUUUUGACCAUAGGAACUCAGCCAGGUCAGCACAAGGAAUGUCAGGGCCCACCUUGGUCCUCCUUAUGUUCUGUCACUGCCAAAGCCUCUAAUCGGCCACCCCUUCCUAAGCUCCUCUGGUUCUUCAACUGUGGUUUCUAUUUCAGUGUACUUUAUUUGAAAUAGGUGGUCUUGGAAGACACCUAAGGAUUCACUUGAAUGCAUUGAAAGCUUUUUUUAAAAAAUAGAGACACAAAGAUCUAUGCAAUUUUAGAUUAGCUUUUUAAAAAUUAUAUAUAUAUAUAUCAAAUAGCUGAGUUUGAGAAUAUGUGUGAAUUUUGGAAUUUGUUGUUGGAGUAUUCUUUUGAAGGAAGAGUGGAAAUUAAUUUGAUGGUGUCCUCAUAGGUUCCCUGAUAUGUAGACUUAAAAAAAAACAUUGUGCUGUAUUUUUAUUGAAUCUUAUUGGUGAAUGUAUAAAAUUAUUAUUCUUUCUUGGAGAAAACUACUGAUGAGCUAUCUAGUAAGAAGAUAGAGCCAACCCCCCCCCUCUGUGUGUGUCUCUCUCUCUCCCUCUGUCUCUGUCUCUCUCUUUCUCUGCCUCAGAUUUGCACACAUAAGCACAAUUUGUAUUUGUGAACAUAUUGCUCAUCAUGACUUCAAUCCUAAGUGUGACAAAGAAAACUUUCCCACCUUCAACUAGACACUCUGAAAGCGCUUUUAAAAGGCAGACCAUUGAAUCAGGUAGUGGUUGAUUAUGGCCUAAGUUGCCCCCACUUUGUUUUAUAUGUGUGUGUUUCAACAAAGAAAGGUAUAUAAGCAGUUAAACUACAAUAUCAUGAAAAAUGGUUUUGCUGACCACUACAAUGUAGAAGAACUGCCUGUAACCACAUUGCCCCAACUCAAGCACUCACUGGGAUUCUCCUUGACCAUAUAAAGUCUACAGUGACUACUUGACUUGAAUUACUGGGCCUUUGAGAAUGAGAGCCAUUCACACAGAUAUAAUGGGAUAUGUUUUAAGUGAAUAUUUAUGAAGCUGCAGCUUUUAGGUCUGAUAAACCAGUGUAUAGGAAGUGGGACAAAACUGGCUGCUCAGAUGUGAAGCUCACAUGUGCUAGUAUGAAAUCAGGAGCUUAAACUUCAUAAACAUAUGUAUGCAUUUACUAAAGUGUAUAUAUGUACAUGUACUGUAUUUUUAAUAUUUAAAGAUCCCCACACCCUCUGUAACAAAGUCUUAUAUUUCUAUGAAUUCAGAAUUGACUAGUUUUUAACAAGGUCUUUGCAUAAACUUUAUUAACUCUAAACUUGUUAAAGGGCAAAGAGCACUUCUGACCUCAUGGGCAACCCAGCUGAAAUGCCAAGUGCCAUCCUAAGUCCUUUUUGUUUUCCUGUGAUCCUCUGAAUGAUGUUUUGCUUGCCUGAAAUCCAUUGAGUCCCAGGGAUGUGAGGCCUCUGGAGUCAAGGGCAAAUGUGCUUCUACUCAAGGCUCAAGUGCUUCCUGCUGGAUUAGGACUAGGCAGCAUAAUUGAAUGAAGUUACUAUGUUUGGGAAAGCCUGGACUAAAGUUGUUGGCCACUUCCCUUCCUGGUAACACUGGUAUGGAGCUGUUCACCUGUGUGUGUGUGUGUGUGUGUGUGUGUGUGUGUGUGUGUGUGUGUUUAUACAUGUAUGAACCUGUGUAUGUUUUGGGAGAGAUACACAAGCUAUAUCAAUUACAGCUUUAAAGGUAGUGUUGUAUCAGUGUAGUCUAAACCUAAUAUGAGGGUGGGUGUCAAGGAGGUUAGAUUUAUUCACACAUUCCUAGUGUUUAGCCUGCCAUUCCACAGGAGCCCUGCACAUCAUGAUCAUGGAAUAUAUGUAAUUACUACUUAGGGAGCAGUGGUUUCAUGGAGAAGAAAUCCUUGAGCUUGGGGCUGAGAUUUUCACAAGCUGUCAUUAAGACACUGAGCUUUGAUACCUGUGAGAACCAAAAAAAAAAAAAAGGGGUGGGGGGACAAAACCUGAAGCU